GUGGUUAUCCGGAAAUCAAUGGGUGGCAGAUGAGUCCACUAUCCUGCUUGAGCAAGCCAUGUACAUCCACGGAAGUGACAUCAAGUUGUGGGAAUGGUUUUCUGGGGCUUUUGGAGGAUGGAGUAGAGCUGCAGCAUUUCUUCAAGACCAAGGAUUUCCAAUUUCGGUUGUGGGGGCAUCGGACAUUGACCCACAUUCAACGCAAAUCUGGAAUAUGAAUCGAAAACUCAUCAACAAAAAGGAAGUAGUAGAUGCACAGAUCAUGGACGUAAGAGACAUCGAACACUGGGAGAAGGUAAUGGAAGCAGAAACCAAUUGCGUCACCCUUUCAUCAAGUUGCAAAUCAUUUUCUUUGGCGGGACUCAAGAAAGGGUGGCAAUCAGAAGAUGGACAGACGCUUGCAUGUGCUUUGCUGCUGGCGGCCAAACAUGGUUUCAGAUGCAUUCUAUUGGAGAACGUGGCAAAUUUGAAACAUGACCCAAAGUUGUAUCAAAUUCUCACCGCAGUCCUUGAUUUCUGUGGCCUUGAGAUUGCAUACGAGGGAGUCAUUUCCAUGACAGGCAUUCACCCAGUUGAAAGGACCAGACUGAUCAUGGUUGUCAAACAGAAACAUGAUGAAGAAGUGCAAGAAUCUGAAAGCAAUUUCAUGAGUCAUUAUGAACAAAAGGCUGGAAUUUCACUUUGGGAAACGAAGCGAUGGAUGACACUGUCAGAGGAACUCAUGUAUGAUUUGAUUCUGGAUGAUCAAACGAUUGAGAAGUACGCCAAGCAGUCGUCCAUGACAUAUGCCAUGCGUCAAAAAGUUCAAGUUUGGAAUCGGGUAUCAGCACUUUUUGCAAGAGCCAUCACUUCGAAUAUGGCGAUGCCAGCUGGCACAAUGAUGGCAGGAUACAAUCACCAACACGUCAUCGCUGAGACCACCGGAUCAAAUCAAAUCUUGGGAAGUCUUCGACAUGUCAAGGAUUUGACCUUUCGGUUUGUUCAUCCUAUUGAGGUUGUCCUUGCCAUGGGUUCUGUUUUCGGAAUUGUGCUUCCUAGGAAUAUCCGGCUCAGCAUGAAUGGUGUUGGAAACUGUAUUUCCGAAAUGCAUGCGCUGAUUGGACUUGCAACGGGUUUCAAACUGUGGAAACGCCUUUUUCCCAAGGUACGAUCAUGUCAUGAAACGCUGAACCCACCCCAGCCAGUACCCGACAUCCGUGCAUCCGAAAGCAUCCGAAAGCAUCCGAAAGCAUCCGUGCAUCCGGUGCCAAAUUGCAUCCGCCCAACCGCAGUGUCCCAGGGUUUUGGCAACGCAUCCGAGCCAACCAAUGGCAACCAUGCAUCCGAGGUUUCAGAACUUGUUGCGGCCGAAAAUGCCUUAAAUAUGGAUUCAGAGGUGGUUGGAGUCUUUGGAGAUGAUGAUGAAGACGAUCCAAUGACGCCCACAGAACCCUUUUCAGUUGUAGAAGGCCCGGAAUGUGAUGCGAACCAAGGUCCCCGGGAGAUCAGUAGAAUUGUGGAAAGAAUCACAAACAACAUCCGAGACGGCCUGAGCAGAAUCAACAAUUUGCCACACCAAGAUGACCCACUAGCAGCAGCCAAGCGGAGGCUAGAUUUGCUGUGCCUGAUGGGACCGGCCAUUGGAGAUGAUGAGAUGGCUUUUCAUGUGUCUGCGAUCCAACAAGCUGCACAAGAACCAUUUGCUUUGGUGCUAUGGGAUAGUAUUGCAGAACGCUGGAACAGAGAUCAGGCGUCAUCUUGCACAGACUUGUUUCAUGAUAGCCACAGAAAGUCACUCGUGUGUUGGAUUCAUGCGCAUUGGGUGCCGGUUAUCUUUGAGAACCGUCAUGACCAAAUCGUGAUUGAAUACAUCAAUUCGACAGCCUUGACUGAGUCACAAGUCCGAAGCCUGUGUGAACUGUGCAACUGCCGCUCAGCCCAUGCCAGUUGGAUUUUCCAUGAAAGUGCCCAGGGAUGGUGUGGUUUCGAGGCAUUGGCUUGGAUUUGUGCCAAACUCCAAACUGCACUUGCCCCGAUGUACAAUCAAGAAAAACAAGACAUUCUCCAUGACAUGAGUCAGAUAGUUGAGCAAGAAAAUUUCACCUCCUACUGCCAAAGAACAGAAGGAUUCAACGAGCAGAUGUCCAUUUGCCUGACCAUGAGACUCAGGUUUAUCCGAAGUGUGUUCGUGCGCCCAACAAUUGCCACAAUGCAUGGGUUUGGAACAGAUGAGCCAAAACCCAAUUUGAAGCUGGCAGGAAAACUUGCGGCAAUACUGAUUGGACAUGGGCAUGGUGACCAAGAAUCCAUCAGAGUCUCACAUGAGUUGGCAGACAGACAUGCAUCACAGGCAAGAAGUAUCCCAACUAUGAAGGAUGCCAGAGCAUAUGCAACCAUUCUGGAGCUGACUGUGCAACAUGGGAUACAAAUCAGUACACUCACCAAAACGCAAGCAGUUGCCAAGCUGCAGAAGUUCUUCCGGUUGAAGUAUGAGAAGCGUCGAAAUGCCACCAGUGAUGACAUGGUGUACAAGAACGAUCCUUGGAAUGUAGCAUCCAAUCCACAGAGGACAAAGUCCACGACAGUGCCAGGCAUUGCUCAGACAGAACCCAAGACCCGAGCAGCAUCCGCAGCAAACGAG